AUGGCCUCAAACCACAUCACCAACGUUGCCAUCGUCGGAGCUGGCGGUAAUAGCGGCCGUUUCAUGACUGAAGCCCUCCUGCAGACAGGACAGCACACCGUCACAGCCCUCGCACGAGCCGACAGCCAAAGCAAGCUACCGGAGGGAGUGAUCGAAAAGACAAUCGACUAUAGCAAGCCAGAGACCAUCGUCGAGGCACUCAAGGGUCAAGACGCGCUCGUAAUCACUCUAAGUGGUAGAGUACCCCAUGACAUUGAUCUUCAGCUCAUCAAUGCAGCCGGUGAGGCUGGUGUACCCUGGAUUUUGCCGAAUGAAUGGAGUCCAGAUACGGCAAAUGAAGACUUAGUCAAGGACGUGGUAGUCUUCCAAUCAAAGGGGGGAAUCCGCAAAGCAAUCACAGAUCUCGGCAAAAGCUCUUACAUAGCCGUGAACACUGGAUUCUGGUACGAAUGGAGUCUGGCAAUAGCACCUGCCUUCGGCGUGGACUUUGCCGAUCGAUCCGCUACACUAUUCGACGAAGGAAGCGUCAAGAUCUCCACGUCGACAUGGCCGCAGGUUGGUCGGGCUGUGGCCAAUCUGCUUAGCCUGCCUAUUUCGGCUGGAGGGUCUUGUCUUGAGAAGUUGAAAGACCAGGUGGUUUAUGUUGACUCAUUUACUGUUAGCCAGCGGGAUAUGCUGGAUUCUGUUUACAGAGUGACUGGGACGACGGAGGCUGAUUGGAACAUCACCAAGGAGCCAGCUCAGGAGAGAUAUAAGAGUGGCGUGGAGGCUAUGCAGAAGGGGGAUUUGGUUGGGUUUGCUAAGAUGCUUUAUGCGAGGGUCUUUUAUGAUGAUGGGUCUGGGGAUUUUAGUGGCAAGGGGACGCUUAAUAGUGUGCUUGGAUUGCCCAAGGAGGCUCUUGACGAAGCGACGAAGAGAGCGAUUGAGCGUUCGGAGAGUACUAGUUGGCCUUAA